AUGGAUGGUAUUUACCCUAUUCGGGUACUAGGGCUUGUGGUAGAAUCAUUUGUGAUUCCAAUGCGGGAAUUGUUAAAUGUUUUUCCAAACACUACUGCCUAUCCCUUUGUGAUUGAACAAAACAGAAGACAGAUAGGGGACGAAGUGGGAGCCGGUGGAGUAGGGCAGAAUGAGUUCAAUUGUACGAUCUUAGGCAAAAUCGGUGAAGGCACUUACGACCUCAUCUUCCUCGUCCGAACCGAAUCCCCUGCUGUCACUCACUCCAAAUUUGUUGGCAUAAAAAAGUUCAAGCAAUCCAAGGACGGCAACGACAUCUCCCCCACCGCCAUCCGCGAAAUCAUGUUGCUGAAGAAGAUUACACAUGAGAACGUCGUUAAGCUCAUCAACAUACACAUCAACCACGUCAACAUGUCUCUCUACCUCGCCUUCAAUUACGUCGAGCACAAUCUCUAUGAAAUUAUUAGGCAUCACAUGGACAAACUCAACCAUUCGAUUAAUCAAUACACUAUUAAGUCUUUGCUAUGGCAGCUGCUCAAUGGACUAAGCUAUCUGCAUAGUAUUGGUUUCCUGAAUAUAAGAGAUACUAACAUGCAGGUUGUUGUAACCAUUUGGUAUCGUGCACCUGAGUUGCUUCUUGGAGCAAAACAUUAUACCAGUGUUGUUGAUAUGUGGGCUGUGGGAUGCAUUUUUGCUCAGUUCUUAACCUUGAAGCCACUAUUUCAAGGGGUAGAAGUCAAAGCUACAUCAAAUCCCUUUCAGCUUGAUAAACUUGACAAGAUAUUUAAGAUUUUAGAUCAUCUCACAUUAGAAAAGUGGUCUUCCUUAGCAAGUCUUCCACAUUGGCAACAAGAUGUGCGACAUAUACAAGGACACAAAUAUGACAAUGUCGGUCUCUAUAAUGUUGUGCACCUGUCUCCAAAAAGCCUUGCAUAUGACCUCUUGUCAAAGAUGCUUGAGUAA